CUGGAUUACAAGUACCAGUUUGUUAGGUUUAUUAUCUUGUGGAAUAGUGCUUACUGGUUAGGUGUUUUUAUAAAUAUAUGUCCUCUAUACAUCUUGCAGAACCAUGGUAAUCCAACAACUCAUAGGCCUGAGCUUGUGUUGACAAACUUGACAACACGUCUGGGACAUCAUAUUGGGAGGCUGAUACAAUCACUUUUCCCUCAAGAUCCAAAUUUCCAUGGGAGGCGAGUUGUGACCUUCCACAAUCAGCGUGACUUUAUUUUCUUCCGUCACCAUAGGUACAUUUUUGAAACCAAGGAAAGUAAGCCAAGUGAUUCGAAAGGUAAAAAAACGGUGGGAAACAAAGAUGACAAUAUCUCUCGAGAAAGAAUGGUUGCACGCCUUCAGGAAUGUGGUCCACGUUUCACAUUGAAGUUGAUAAGUCUGCAGCAUGGAACAUUUGAUACCAAAAAUGGGGAAUAUGAGUGGGUUCACAAGCCGGAGAUGGACACUAGCCGCAGGAGGUUUUUCUUAUGAUUUGUUUGGGCAUGUUCUUCCGGGUUCAUUCAUUGUGGAAGGGAAGCAUAUUUUUGUAGAGAGAUUUGGUUCCUACACCUGAAUGAGAACUGAUGAGCAAUAUAUUAUACAAUGUAUCUUCUCUCCACUAAACUAGCCAAUUUCCUCGAAUAUCAUUGCUACUUACUGUGGUCCUAUUUUGUAUUAGCUCAGAAUAUUCUGUUCUGUGGAAUUCCAAGACCAAUAGACAGUUUGUUGAUUGAUUAAAUUUUCUAA